CAUGCGCACUGACACAACGUGCCUUUACUUCCCACUUCCCAGGAUUUAACAACAACUGAACGUUCACUACAGCUGCUACUCAAGUACGGUAGAGUCUGAGCUGUUCUGAUUUAUGCAGAAAAGUAUACAAUAUAAGCAUAACUGUUUUUUUUUGGGGAUAGUAAGCGUCCAUUGCAGUGUAGUUCGCUGUGUUUAUGUUCGAGGACUGAUUAUGGGGAUCAUAAUAUAACAGCACUGCUCGUUGCAUCCAUAGAACUGUGUAAUAAAGUUCUCGGUCACGGUAUGUCCUUCCUGUGCUGGAUUUUUUGAUGGGGCUUUUAAGGUUAAAGAUGUCGCCGAAGUUUCAACUCCUGGCUCUGUUGGCCUUCGCCAUUGCGAUGAUCUUUUUGGAAAACCAAAUUCAGAAGCUUGAAGAGUCAAGGGGGAAGCUGGAACGAGCCAUUGCCAGACAUGAGGUACGAGAGAUCGAGCAACGGCACAUUCAAGAUGGGGCGAAGGAGGCCAUGGUAAAGGAGGACGAUUUGGUGGUCAUCUACAACCGAGUGCCCAAAACAGCCAGUACCUCCUUCACCAACAUCGCCUAUGACCUGUGCAACAAGAACCACUACCAUGUGCUGCACAUCAACACCACCAAAAACAAUCCUGUCAUGUCCCUUCAGGAUCAGGUACGGUUUGUAAAGAACGUGACCUUGUGGAACGAGAUGAAGCCUGCGUUCUACCACGGACAUGUUUCCUUCCUGGAUUUCACCAAAUUUGGAGUGAAGAAAAAGCCUGUUUACAUAAAUGUUAUCCGGGACCCAAUUGAGCGUCUGGUGUCUUACUACUAUUUCUUGCGCUUUGGUGAUGACUACAGACCCGGCCUACGACGUAGAAAGCAAGGAGACAAAAAGACUUUUGAUGAGUGUGUAGCUGCCGGAGGAUCUGACUGUGCUCCAGAGAAACUGUGGCUUCAGAUUCCCUUCUUCUGUGGUCAUUACUCUGAGUGCUGGAACAUUGGCAGCAAAUGGGCUUUGGAGCAAGCCAAAUACAACCUGGUGAAUGAGUAUAUGCUUGUUGGGGUGACCGAGGAGUUGGAAGACUUUGUUAUGAUGUUGGAGGCGGCACUUCCUCGCUUUUUCAAGGGGGCCACAGAGCUCUAUCGGACAGGGAAGAAAUCACACCUAAGGAAAACGAGUGAGAAGAAGCCACCCACUAAAGAGUCUAUAGCCAAACUACAGCAGUCAGACAUCUGGAAAAUGGAGAAUGAGUUUUAUGAGUUUGCACUAGAGCAAUUCCAGUACGUUCGGGCUCAUGCAGUGAGAGAAAAAGAUGGAGAGCUUUACCUACUGGCACAGAACUUUUUCUACGAGAAAAUCUACCCAAAGACUACCUGAGACCAUGAACGCUAUAUGCUGUGGUCGGAAACACUGGAGGAGGACACGUUACAUUGAAAUGUGCAUUCUGACUGACUCUUCUCCAUCUGGAUAUGUACAUUCAAACAGCUGAAUCUAGUAUGUGCCACAGGGAAGACUCUUGCGGCCACGCAGCUGUCAUGAACAUUAUUCCCCCAAUACAUAUCAUUUCAAAAAAGGGUUAAAAGCUCUGAAAUGUGCAUUAAAAGUGACUGAGAUUGUUUGUGUAAUUAUUCGAGACAACCACCACCUUUCUGCCAUUUGGGUUUUAUACAGGUACUGUCACAUUUCUUUCUGUGAUCCUUAUUUAAUAAAUUAAAGGUUAUUGGUUUUUUGUUUUGUUUUGUUUUUUUUACCAAUUUAUGCUGUUUGGUGCUUUUUACAUCUUAUUUUAAAGUGUAAAAAGAGUACAGAUGACUACUAAACAUUCUUGAAGAUCUUUAUCAAGCUGAGAAAGUAUUUUUUUCAGUAUAGUAAAAUGAGUACUUUUUCUUGGACUUGGAAAUAUGGUUUAUUGAAUUUAUUGGAAAUACACAGAUGUGAUGUGGAUGUAUUUUAUGUUGUUAACAUACGUCUUGCCUUUAAUAUUGCAGAUCAGAUUUGUUUUGUUUAAAAACGUAUCCACAAUUGCUGUUUGCCAUUUUUAAAUCAGAACCUACUGCCUGGGGUUCAUCCCUGCAGUUUUUCAGCAAUUUAUAUAUUUUUAUCUAAUAUGUAUGUAGAUACUGGUCAUUACAUUUAGAGUUGGACCAAACAUUGAAAUGUGGAAAGAUAAAUACAAACACAAAAAUGACUAGGCCUAGAUCUACAUGUGGAUCAUUGUACUGUUACUGGUUCUUGGUAAGCAGCAAUUUUGUGUUUUUAAAUUUGAUUUGACAUAUUUUAUGACUAAAUUAUCAGGUUUUUUUUGAGUUGUUAAGAGUUGUUAAGCCUCUCGUGGAAACAUACCAUUAGUUUGCUGCUUUAUGAUUUAUAUAUCAUAGACUUUAAAUAUGUUCAUUGAACUCAUUCAUCGACUUAUUCAUAGAGACUGUGCCUUUUUUCCCCAUGACACAGAGCUGUUAUUACAGCCAGUGUAAAUAUGACUUGACAUCUCAGUGAAAAAGGUGAGGAAUUGUUUUACAAGGUGAAAUCCUGUUGCAUUGAUUGCCAUUAUCAACAUCAAUGUGGAAAUAGGCAACCAUCAUAUGAAAUUGCCUGCCUUGUUAAUAGUAAGAGUGGAACUGAUGUCUUUUUGAAAAUGGAAAUUUGAAGUCUCACAAGUUUAUUACACAAUAUCAGUUUUUCUAUGUAUACAUGAUCUUUAGUAUCCACACGUUUGUGCAUGAAAUGGGUGUUGCAUUGCACAUUUCCCUCUGAAAUCUCCUAGAGAGAAAAUGAGUAGAACAAUGUGGUCAUUGUGACACAUGAUCACUACUUAAAAAUAUACAUAUUUUGAGGUUUUACAGGAUCUUUUGAAUGUUUUUAGAUAUCAAAACCAAUCUGUACUGUACAUGAAACGCUAGAGUAGCUAUAGCUAUCAGUUUUACUAUCUUUCACAGUCCCACUAUGUGAUCCUGUAUAUGCUCUUUUUGUUUUGUUUUUUCUUUGUUUGUUUUUUCAUGAGACUUCACUAGCUUUGCUCUUUUCUAUUGACUGUGUUGAGGUAGAUUUGAAAACAGAUUGAUUUUGAAUAUGUCAGCUAUAAUAAAAAGAGCUUGAUUUGUUUAGAU